AUGCCUGCCACAAGCAGCCCCGGUGUCGCAAACGCUGCCGCUGCUGCUGCUGCUGCUGUUGAUGAUGAUGACGACCCCAGAGGCGGAGCAAUAGACAAGGGGCCAGGCGGAGGCGGCGAUGAAAACCACAAAGGUGCCCAGUCCUCCACUCGCGAGGCCUCCAGGCGGCUGCCACCUUCGGCUUUUCUCAAGACGAAUCCAAUCUAUGGUGCUGCUACCGAUUCGGUUGACGACCGCCUGACGCCGCCAUUGGGACGAGAUCCACCAGCAGCGAUCCACGGAGUCGACGAGCACAAGAAGGUGCCAAGAGCUUCUCUCCCGGAGGAUCCAUUCUUGUCGAGUGCUGCUCGUCGGAGCGGCAAUGAUCGAAGAGCCCAGGAACAGGCUUUGGAUCCAGUGUCUCAUCGUGGCACUGUGUUCGAUCCUGGAGAUGCUUUCGUUGUUCGGCUCGCGGCAGCAGCGGAGAAGCAAGUUGAGAUGGAGAAGCACAUGCAAAGGAUCACCGAGUUUGGGAUGAGGAGGCCCGGCAACAAGCACUCCCACAGGAUCCGUGAGGUGGAGAAUCUGGAGAAGCCCGUGGUUGAGGCAAAUCACUCGGCCAAUUCUGGAGGUUCGCAUUUGGCUGCUUGUGUACACGACUCAGAUGCCAAGGCACAGAAUGAAGAUUCAUGA